AUGAUCCCAGAUGACAUAUCUCAAAGUGAUCUCGAAGAAGCAUUGAGGCUGGUCCAAGGUGGGGAGGUUGGAUCGAUCAAAAACUCCUCCGACAAAAGCCCGGCUCGGUUGCUCCUCGACGAGGCUUACGGUCUACAGAACAUACUCAACCGUCCGGGUAGCGAUAAAGUAGAGCCUCGGUUAACUCGUGAGUGCUCAAGGUUUAUCUCGACGGUCGUGCAACUGUGUAAUGAUACUGAGGCGGGUUACAUCUGCCCGGAUGACUUCAAUAGAAAAGCCCCGGGCUACCAACAGAAGAUCCGCGAGCUGAGGGGUGAAGUUGAGCAGUAUGAGGCUAACAUGUCGGCCGCUAGGGAGAAUUCAAAGCCAGUUAACGGCGUCAUAAGACGAAUUGAUGAGGUCACCAAAUCAGCUUGUGAAGGAUCAGCGGUUGAGGCAACAGUGGUGGCUGGAGGAGUCCCUUCAUCAUGCACCAACCAGGCAGAGAUCGUCAAUCAGAAGCUCACUCGAAUGGGCAACGACUGCAGUCGAGCUAUUCUCGGUGGAUUCGCUCCCACUGAUUUGUGUACGGGAUCGGCGGUAGACGCUCUGGUUGAAGCCUUGCGGAGAAUCUCGGCGGAAGAGCUGAAGUCGUCACAUAUCUCUAAAGAACCUCUGAACACGUCCCAACCGGCUGUCGUCGAGCUCGACCUCAGAAGUUCUGGUAUAGCAGUCGAAGGCCUUCAGAAGCUCCUCCCCGUACUGGCAACUGAAUCCUUGUUGUCGUCAUUGGAAACGAUACGACUCGACUCUGAGCUCACUCAAGACCCUUCAGUGACCAUUCUCAUUAAGGGUUUCAUCAUGUUCAGGAAGGAAGUGCAAAUCGUUAACUCAUGUUAG